ACCGCCUCAGCUCCAGCCCCGGGGACAGGUGGCUGUGGCCGGUUGAAGGAGAUUGUACUGUUCGGCAGCGGGCAGCUGGGGAGGUGGGGAGGGGAGGGCCCAGGGAGGGAGGGAAAGAGGACCUAGAGAAAGAGCCGCGGCGAACGUGGGUGAGGGUGGCAACGAGACAAGUCAGUGCUACCGGGAAGACGCUAGAGGGUAAAGGCGCGGGGACGCGCCAUGGCCGGGUCCUGCCGGUGGCGGCCCCUCCACCACCUCCAGAUUCUCGGGCUGUGCGUCCUAUUCUCCCCGCUACAGUUAACUCUCCAAAUCCCUUCUCGGUGCAACAGUGAGAAGCACUAUGAGCACCUUGGAAGGUGCUGCACCAAAUGUGAUCCAGGAAAGUAUAUGUCAGCAAAAUGCACUUCCACCUCUGAAAGCAUAUGUUUGCCUUGUGGCCCAGAUGAAUACUUACAUACCUGGAAUGAAGAAGAUAAGUGUUUGCUGCAUAAAGUUUGUGAUAGUGGAAAAGGUCUGACAGUAGUUCACCCUGGCAAUCAAACCUUCCCACGGCAAUGUGCCUGUAUCCCUGGGUACCACUGGAAUGGAGACUCUGAGAGCUGUCAACGCAAUGGAAAAUGUGACCCAGGCUUUGAAGCUGAAAAUCCUUUACAGCCAAACAAGGAUCCAGGAUGUAAGCCAUGUCUAAUGGGAUACUUCUCCAAUGCUAAUUCUUACAACAAGUGUAAAUCCUGGACCAACUGCACCAAUCUUGGAAUGGUAGAAAAAGCUCCUGGGACUGAUAAAUCUGAUGUGGACUGUGCUCCUUUGCCAUCUGAAAACCUAGGACAUGGAUCACCAAAAUACUUACAAAGUAUAAUCUUUCCACUCCUCCUGGCAUGUUUGGCAGUCAUUACAGUCAUCAUCUUUGGCAUCUACUAUAGGAAGGAAGGGAAAGCACUGACAGCCAGUAUGUGGCUCUGGGUCAAUGACAUGUGCAGCAUCCUGAGACGAAAUAAGGACUCCUCUGGAGAUAAUUUUAUCAAUGUACACGUGACAACAUCUAGUGCUAGCCAGGCUUAUGAAGAUGUUUUUUUACUGACCCGAGAAGAAAAGACGAUAUCUGAAGAUUCAUGUUAUCCUCAGGGACAUAUUAUGUGUGGGGAAGCAGGUCGAUGUAAAGUAGAAGAAACUGCCAUGUUGUCCUUGGUCAUUGAGACUGAGGAAGAUAACUUUAGGCAGAUUCCCACAGAAGAUGAAUAUGUGGACCGAGCUCUCCAUGGUUCUGAUUGUUUGUUGCUAUUGAGUCGGCCUGGAAGCAAACCAGCUUCACCUUUUCCAGAGCCCUUAGAGGUUGGGGAGAAUGACAGCUUAAGUCAUUGUUUUACUGGUACUGAAAGUACGAUGGACUCUGAGGGCUCCUAUUGCACUAAAUCCUCAUGCAGGACUGACUCCAUCCCUAUUUCCUCUGAAUCAUAUUUGCAGAAAUUUUUCCACUGCCAUGACAGCCUCCUUGCAAAGGAGGUGGAGAACAGUGACAGGAAUCAUUGGGCAGCCAACCCUGACUUAACAAAUGGCUAUGGGGGGUGCAGGGAGCCUCUCAGGAAGUACACUGAAACUUCUGAGAAGAAAGCUGACCACAUCACAGAAGCCUUUGAGAAUGGAACUUUCCCACAGUGUACCUGUGGCUUAGACCUUGCUCCAGAAAGUCAGAAUAUCCUUGCAAAUGAUGCUGAGGGUGAAGACUUGUCCUUCGAUGGGACUGAAGUGAAGUUCCCUAGCACAAAGAGAGGCAGUUCUGGGUCAGGUGGUGUUUCUGGUGACUCGCCUCUUGCAUCUGGAAAUGUGACUGGAAAUAGUAACUCUACAUUUAUUUCAAGUGGGCAAGUAAUGAAUUUCAAGGGAGAUAUCAUUGUAGUCUACGUUAGUCAAAACUCCCAGGAGGGCCCUACCAUCCCAGGAACUGCAGGCGAAACCGUUGGCAGCCCGGUGCAAGAGGAGAACCUGAACCGCUGUGACACUUUUGCAGGGAAUGAUCUCCAUUUCAAAGAGAAAUGUGCUGAGAGUUCUCUGGGGAUCUUUUCUGAGGAUAAAGCACAAAAGUGCUUAAGAGAUCAUACACGAAGACCAGGGCCAGGGAUUCAAGAGGAAACCCAACAUGGCCCUGAGAGAGAGAACAGCCGGAUCCCAGCCUCUCAACCUGUACAGGAGGAAGGAAAUCACAAAUCUUGUUCCCAGAAAGCUUGGCAGUGAUGGGAACUUAACACUGCCCCUGUCCCUUCCCAAAGGGUGUCAGAACUUCAAAAAACACCAGCCUCAGUCAGGAGACUUGGGGUCUAGGCUUGUAUCUGCUUUGAGCUAUCCUUAUGACUUCAGACAGGAAUUUCACUUUUCUGGGUCUCAUUUUCUUCUUUGAUGGAGUGAGUGGUUUGGACUAAAGUCUCAUUCAGCUCCAAGGUUCAGUGAUUCUAAUCAUUCUCCCUAUGUUAUCCUCAGUCAGGCAUAUUCCCACACAUAGAAUGGAAUAAACAUUACCUGAGAAUGUCAAAUUCAAAUCUACAAAAGGACAGGUUUUCACCUUUGGAAACUACUGUGCACUGAACAGAUACUAAUUCACAAGGAAGGUCAAAAUUUGGAAUCUUGAGAAAGGGAAAUAAGUGAGGGUUGAUCCCCUUAUGACGAAUAGAUUUAUGGGUUAUCAUCCAGAAAUUCUCCUAUAAUUUGAUAAUUUGCCAUUUGGCUCAUCCCUAAUCUGUAUCAUCUUUUGUGUCCUUUUGAUCUAUCCUCUUUUAUUUUAAAAUAUAUGGCACUCUUUUUACCUUCCUGAUCAUAGACAUGGUUAAUUUUUAAAGUUAUUUUUGUAUUUCUGAUAACUGUAGCAAUGACAAUUGAAUUUACAGUUUUCAUAAUGGUUAAUGAUAUGGGCACAUGCCACUUCUUCAUCCACAGCCAUCUCCAUCUUCAUCUGCCUGUAUUUCCCUUUUAUUGUUUUACCCACCAUUUCUCCUAUUGUUUCUCUUUGUGACCAAAUGCCUUCUUCUGGGUAUGCAUUUGUACGCUUUCUGUUUCAGCUGUUCUCCAUGUUUUUACUGUUUAGUGACUUUUUCUCAAUAAUUCUAAGUGGUGCCUUCUUUCUGCUCUUAUUUUCUACUUUUCAUAGAAAGGGGAUUCUCAUGUUUUAGAAACAAUUUAAUAAAAAUUCUUACCUUCUGUCUUGGAAUCAAUAUUUUUUAUUGGUUCCAAGAUAGAAGAACAGUAAGUUCUAGGCAAAGGGAGUUAAGUGACUUGCCUAGGGUCACAUAGCUAGGAAGUGUCUGAGGCCAGUUUUAGACCAAGGACUUCCUAUCUCUAGGCCUGGCUCUCAAUCUACUGUGCUACCCAGCUGCCUCUUGGAAAUAGUUUUUAUUUUGAGGGGUAACUCAUAUAAGACAAAGUGGUUGAGUGGAAAAAUAAUUUUCUGCAAAAUCAGAGGGCCUAUGUUCAAAUCCCACCUCUGAUACUUCCUACCUAUGUGACCCUGGGCAAAUAACUUAACCUCCAUGGCCUCAGUUUCCUCAUCUGUAAAAUGUAGUUGGACUAGAGGCUUUAUGAGGUCCAUUAUAAUCUUAGAUCUCUAAAUCUGAUCAAGAUUUAUGAUCUUGUGUAUCUUGUCUGUGGUAAAUUCUCUGGGGACAGAAAUGUGAAAAAAGAAACUUUAGGAAAACACUGGGAAAAUUGAGAACAAAAAAUUCCCCAUAUGGGCUUUUUACUUUUUCCCAUUUUUUUAAAGCAGGAGAAUAAGAGGGAAAAUUUCUUCCUCUGAAAUUUUUUGCUCUUCCUCACUCUAAGCCAAGCUUUCAUAUCUCCAGACAAAACUAACACAGAGACAUCCUAAAAUAUAAUUGGAUUGUUGAACAUUGUUUGACACUUUUAGGUGGAGAUUUUGUUGUUUCUUUUAUUUGUUUUUUUAGCAGUUAAAUGGCAAGAAAAAAUCCAAGUCACCAUGAAUUAUGACUCCUGAAUGUCUUGUUUUUAGAAAAACACACAAGAGCCAUGUAAUGAUGAACAUAGGCUGAAUCAUCCCUUACACUUCCCUAUACACUAAUACUCUGGGAUAAUAUAAUCCUAGAGUUCUGUGCUAAAUCAUCUCAGGUUUUUUUUGUUUUUGUUUUUGUUUUUUUUAUGUUAUUUCAUCAAAUUAGUGUGAACUGUAAUCCUAUGCCUCCUUUUUCUAACUUUAAAGGCAAGAUAGAGGCAUGUGUGGCAGAAUGUACAGAAAGUUAGUCCCCUUGGAGUCAAAAAGUCCUAUGAUCAAGCUGUGUUUCUGGAACAUUACUGGCUGUGGCAUUCUGGGAAAGUCCCUUAAUUUCUCAGCCCCCUUCGCAAAGCAUGUGCUAAUCUGUAUUGGUAGAGGGAAUUUUCCCACUGGGAAUUCCUUAUGUAAUUGAAACCAUAAGUCUGCACCCCUUUCCCACAAAUCCCCCCCAUAUGAGAAUAAUGAUACUUCUGAAAUGUUCCUACACAGAAUUAUCAUGAGGAUGUGAGAGAGAUGUUAGGAAAUCACUUUGAGAUCCUUAAUGGACUAGAGGAGGGAAAAAAAAGAUAGGAUUUUCCUUCUUGACUCCCAUUUGUUCUUCAUUUUGUUGCUAAAAAGAAAUAAGGAAUCAAUCAUUUGAGAGAGGUAAGUCUAUACUUGACUCCGCUGUAUACCACUGAUGUAUUCCAAAUGACAAUAGGAAUCAGUGAAAGAUUGUUAAGGUAAACUUAAUAUUAAAAUGACAUUUGACCCCAA